AGUGGGGAGAGCCCAAAGCUGAGCAGUGGUGAGAAAAACAGUCCCCCAGAGCUGGAUGGGGCCGAUGUGGAGCCGUUCACAGGCGCUGAGCUUGAGGAGGUUGAUUGCUUAGAUAUUGUUCCACCCUCCCCUGAAGAAGAGCUGCCUUCCUUCUCACCUUCUGUGAAAAGCAUCAGUAAUAUUUUCAAAGAAUCUCCUUCUGGUGGAAGAUGCACAGCUGGCAGCGCCGAGGCCAGGCCUGGGACGGUUGCCACGACGCAGCCUGCUGCUGAACGUGGUGCUGAACGUGGUGCUGGUGCAGAGGAUGCAGAGGAAGGCUUGCACUUGGAACAGCAGCUCUGCAGCGUCAUGGAUGACAUCUGUAAGCUGGUCGAUGCCAUCCCACUUCACGAGCUUCAGUCUCUGUCGUGUGCGAAGGAGCUCCUCCAGCAGAGAGACCUCAGGAGGAAAUUGCUGGCUAAUUCUGUCCCUUUGAACAAAAGUAGCACAAACAACACUUUUCCUAGAAACUGGAAGGCAUGUGUGGACCGUCCUGGUUCUGCUCUGUGCUCUGGCCUGAACAGGAGCUUCAGUUCUGACAGAAACUCACCCAAAUCCACAAACCUCCCGUCUGUCCUUUCUGGAACUGUCAAUUCCAGCAAUUUUUCUACCAAAAAAAAUGAAACAUUUAAUACCUUGGAUACCUCUUCUGCUUCCAAGGAAAGUAUUGAGGAGAUCACCUGCCCCAAAACUACAGCACUGUUUUCUCCCAAGGUAAAUGGCAAAGAGGGAACUUCCCUCAGCCCCUGUUCUGAGCUGUCCUUUGACAGCAGCUGGUGUGAGGGACCAGGGCUGAGGAACCGUCAUCCGCCGGAGCGACCCGUGACGAGCACAGCUCUGAAAGAUCAGAGCAAAGCUGCUGCUGGCCUUCCUGCAGAAAACAGCUUAGCUGCACACGACACAGACUUUGACCUCGAUCACUUUGAUAUCGAUGAUUUUGACGAGGACUGGGAGAAUUUGGUGAAUGUUUCGGCACCUGAAACGCCAUCUGAGCCGUUGUAUCCGCCCGUCGGGGAAGGGCCACCUGCAAGGUCGCUGCUGUCAAAGAUAAUGUCCAGAGCCAAGGGAUCUGCUGUUGUAUCAAACCCUGCUGCUCCCAAAUCGAGCUCCUCGAUGGCAACAAAGAACCGUUCAGAUCCCACGGUCAAUAACCCCGCACUAGAACGUUUCAGGGGUAUGAAAUUUUCCCAUUCUGAGGAAAUGAUGAAUAUAUUUCACAGAAAGUUUGGUUUGCACUAUUUCCGGACGAAUCAGCUGGAGGCCAUCAACGCUGCUCUUCUGGGUGAAGAUUGUUUCAUCUUAAUGCCCACUGGAGGUGGUAAAAGCUUGUGCUACCAGCUCCCAGCCUGCGUCUCUGCUGGAGUCACUAUUGUUAUCUCUCCGUUGAGGUCGCUGAUAAUAGAUCAAGUUCAGAAACUGAAGAGUUUAGAUAUUGCUGCAACCUAUCUGACUGGUGAUAGAACAGAUGCUGAUGCUUCAAAAAUAUAUAUGCAAUUGUCAAAAAAAGAUCCUGUAAUAAAGCUCCUGUAUGUUACCCCUGAGAAGGUGUGUGCAAGCAGCCGCCUGAUGUCAGCCCUGGAAAAUCUCUAUGACAGGAGACUCCUCUCACGUUUUGUCAUUGAUGAGGCCCACUGUGUCAGCCAGUGGGGUCACGAUUUUCGACAAGACUACAAACGACUGAACAUGCUCCGCAGGAGGUUUCGCGCUGUUCCUAUGAUGGCUCUUACUGCCACUGCGAACCCCCGAGUGCAGAAGGAUAUUCAGAAUCAGCUGGAGAUGCUAAAACCACAAGUGUUUACAAUGAGCUUCAACAGGCACAACUUGAAAUAUGAAGUAUUGCCCAAGAAGCCAAAGAAGGUGGCGAUGGAUUGCUUGGAAUGGAUUAAAAAAUAUCACCCACAUGACUCUGGAAUAAUUUAUUGCCUUUCACGUCACGAAUGCGACACGACGGCAGCUAUUUUGCAGAAGGAAGGUCUUGCUGCACUUGCCUAUCACGCUGGCCUCACUGACUCCGACAGGGACCUCGUACAAAAGAAGUGGAUUAACCAAGAAGGGUGCCAGGUCAUAUGUGCAACAAUUGCCUUUGGAAUGGGAAUCGAUAAGCCUGACGUUCGCUACGUUAUCCACGCUUCUCUUCCUAAGUCUGUAGAAGGUUACUACCAGGAAUCUGGCAGAGCUGGACGAGAUGGUGAAAUGUCUCACUGUCUGCUCUUCUACAGCUACAGUGAUGUCACCAGGCUGAGGCGGCUGAUACUGAUGGAGAAAGAUGGAAACAGUCACACAAGACAGACCCACUUUAACAACCUGUACAGUAUGGUUCACUACUGUGAGAACGUGGUUGAUUGCCGGAGAAUUCAGCUUUUGGCCUACUUUGGGGAAACUAAUUUUAAUCCUACCUUUUGUAAAGAUCACCCAGAAGUAAUUUGUGAUAACUGCAGUAGAAACAAGGAUUACAAAUCAAGAAAUGUAACGGAUGAAGUGAAGAGCAUUAUCAGAUUUGUACAAGAGCAUUGUGGACAAAUGGGACGAAUAAAUGCAAAGAGAAAUACAGCUUCUGGAAGAUACACGUUGAAUAUGAUGGUGGACAUUUUCUUAGGUACAAAGAGUGCAAAGAUUCAGUCUGGAAUCUUUGGGAAGGGAGCUGCCUACUCGAGGCACAAUGUGGAAAGACUGUUUAGGAAGCUGGUCUUGGACAAGAUUCUGGAUGAAGACUUGUACAUCACAGCUAACGACCAAGCGGUGGCCUAUGUAAUUCUAGGAGAGAAAGCUCAAGCUGUGCUAAAUGGAUCACUACACGUGGAGUUUCAUGAAACAGAAAGUGCCAGUGCCAUCAGAAAGCAAAGGGCUUCCGUGGCCAAAAUGUCGCAGCGGGAAGAGAUGGUUAAAAAGUGUCUUGGGGAACUUACAGACACGUGCAAAAUGCUUGGGAAAGUCUUUGACGUGCAUUACUUCAAUAUUUUCAGUACUUCAACGCUAAAGAAAAUAGCAGAAACCUUGUCAUCCGAUGUGGAGGUUUUACUGCAGAUUGAUGGUGUCACAGAAGACAAACUGGAAAAAUAUGGUGCAGAAAUAAUUAAAGUGAUGGAUAAGUACUCGGAAUGGACCGUACCAGAAGAUGCUGCCUGCCAAAGUGUGGACACAGCUCCGGGAAGCACUGGCACACCAGAGAGUGAUGAAGAAACAGAAGAUGUAGUUACAACCUCAAGCUAUUUUUGCAAUAAUGCAAACCAAAGAAGGAAAAGGAAAAGGCCACCAAACUUCAGGGAAUCAAAGAGGAAAAAGACAGGCAGUGGUGGCAGCCAGCAGUUUCAUCCCAAAGGCGGUUACAGCAACUUCAGAAGGACCAAAAGGCCCUUUAGCUCAAAGGCUCCAGCUUCGUCUGGCUACAGCUCAGCAUCGUACAGUGUCAGUGCCACACAAGGAGCUGCUGCAAAGCUGGGGAUUAUGGCACCACCCAAACCCAAAUCCAGACACUUCCUUCAGCCUUCAUAUUCAAUAUUGUAA